AUGACCGCCCCGGCCAACGGCCUGCACGCGCGCGCCCUCGCUGCGGCGCCCGGCGCGAUCGACGCCUCCCUCGACGCCGGCUGGACCGCGCGCGUCCAGCCUGCGGCGGACGGCGUCGUGCGAGUGCUGUUCGCGCGGCGGGGGCGGCAGGCUGGCAGCGGCGCGGGCGCCGGGGGUGGCGAUCUGGGCGGGGGCAGUGUUGGGGGUGAUGGCGAUGACAGGGAGGUUGUUGUGCCGCGAUCAUGGACAAUCCUGGCGCCAGGAGAGGCGGACGCCCCCCUCGCCGGCCGGCCGCGCCUCGCGCCGCCGCCCGGCGCGCCGCGAUUCGUCCGUGUCAGCGCAGCCCCCUCCGCCGCUGCUGCUCCUGGUGGUGGCGCGGGGGCGGCGCCGGCGGCGGUGGAGGCGGACGCGCCCGGCGGCCUGAGGGUGCGGGUGCAGGCGGCGCCGUUCUCCAUCAGCUGGUAUCAGAUCACACCAGAUCACCAGCCCCCGGCCCUCGCAAGCCAGGGCAACGCAGACGACGGCGCCGAGGAUGCAGCGGGCCACCCGGCCACGGACGCAGAGGGCGCCGCCGGGCGUGAUGCGGCGGCAGCAGCUGUCGAGGGAGGCGCGGGGGUGCGCUUCAUUGCGGCGGACCGGUCGUCGCGCCCCUACAGCUUCGGCUGCCACGGCGGCCCCGGCUCGCUGUGCCACGCCAUGGCGCGCCAUGCAGGCGAGUCGACCGGGGGCCUGAACCUGUCGGGCCGCCGCCUGCGCGUGGCCAUGGCUGACGCUCUCGGGUAUGACCCGCAGAGCGGCGACCCCCUGUACAAGGCCUGGCCAUUCUUGGUCGUCCGGGACGGCGCCACCGGCUGCUGGUACGGCCUGCUGUACGACAACCUGGCAGAGGGCGCCUUUGACCUGGGCUGUGAGCACUCAAACUACUACGGCCUGUACCGUUACUACGAGGCGCGUGACUGCGACCUGGAUUACUACUUCAUCGCGGGGCCCACCCUGCCCGCGGUGCUGGCCAGGUUUGCCGCCCUGACAGGCCACAUGGCGCUGGGCCCGCGCUGGAGCCUGGGCUACGCGGCGACCGCCAUGCCUCUGGCGGACGCGCCGGACGCGCAGGUGCGGAUAGAGGCGUUCCUGCGGGAGGCAGCGGACCGCAGCAUCCCCAUCAGCGCCUUCCACUUCGGGUCUGGCUACACCUCCAUAGGCAAGCGCCGCUACGUCUUCCACUGGAAUACCCGCAAGUUCCCAGACCCAGGGGGCCUCGCAGCCAGGGCGGCCGCGGCGGGGCUGCGGCUGGUGGCCAACGUGAAGCCCUGCCUGCUGGACGACCACCCGCUGUUUGAUGAGGCCGCCGCCACGGGCGCUCUGCUGCUGGACGGCUCCAGCGGCGCCCCCAGCAUGGCGCCGUUUUGGGACGGCGACGGCGCCCACGUCGACUUCACGGCUGCGGCGGGCGUGGCGUGGUGGCAGGCGGGGCUGCGCAAGGCGCUGUUCUCAAACGCUAUUGCCGGCGUCUGGAACGACAACAACGAGUACGAGCUGUGGGACGAAGGCGCCGCCUGCGCCUGCACCAGCGGCGGCGAGGACGGCGGCCAUGGGCCCCUGCGGCUUCCGCUGGUGCGGCCGCUGCAGGCCCUGCUGAUGGCGCGCGCGUCGCACGAGGCGCAGGCCGCGGCCGCGCCGGAGGAGCGCCCCUACACCAUCACCCGCGCCGGCUGCCCGGGCGUCCAGCGGUACGCGCAGACCUGGAGCGGCGACAACACCACCUCCUGGGGCCACCUGCGGUACAAUCUGCGCACAGGGCUGCAGAUGGGGCUGUCGGGGAUCGCCAACAUCGGCCACGACGUCGGCGGCUUUGCGGGCCCGCCACCGAGCGGCGAGCUGCUGCUGCGGUGGCUCCAGGCAGGAUGCCUCCACCCCCGCUUUGUCACCAACAGCUGGAAGGCCUGCGGCACCGUGACAUCACCCUGGAUGUACCAGGAAUUCACACCCGCCGCCCGAUGGGCGGUACGGCUGCGGUACCGGCUGAUGCCCUACCUUUACUCAUGCUACGUGACGUCAGCGCUGACGGGGGCGCCCGUCGUGCGCCCCCUAUUCUUCAACUUCCCCGAGGAUCUGGCCUGCUACGACGAUCUGGCAGCCGACCAGUUUAUGGUGGGGCCGGCGCUCAUGGCGGCGCCGGUGGUUCAGGAGGGCGCCAGGGAGGUGCAGGUGUACCUGCCAAAGGGCCCCCCUGGGUGGUACGACUUUUACAGCGAGCAGUACCAUGAGGCUGGGGCCACCAUCACGGCCGCGGCGCCCCUGGAUCGCAUUCCCCUGUUUUUGCCGGCGGCCGCACGCCGCGCGGCCGUCUCAGCGGCCGCUGCCGACGGCGGCUACUGGAUGGGGCCGCCGCAGCUUGCCGAGCUGGUGCUGCCGGGCGGCGCCGCGCUGCGGUUUGACCUGACGGCUGCGCCGGGGGAGGUGGGGGUGACGGUGGCGGUUGCGGGCGGUUACAAACUGCCGUACGACGUCAUGACCAUCGCCCUGCCCGCGGCGGACGGGCGGCGGCUGGUCCUUGAGGCGGUGCGGGUGGACGGCGGCAGCGGUGGAGAAGACGAGGGCAACGCAGCGGGGACGGCGGGCAGUGCCAGCCGGCUGCAGGUGCCACGGCUGGAAGCUGGGUCGUUUGAGAUGCACGAUGUGAUUUGGCCGUGA